AUGUUUAUGGAGACCGUCUCGCUGAGCGACGACGCGCCUGCUGCUGGUUCGAUGGAGCAGCUGCCGUCUGCGACUGUAGUCGAUGUCGACGCGCUCGAGUCGCCGUUUGCCGAGUCAUUCGCAGGGGAGCGACGCACGAAGAACGCCGCCAUUGCUGUCUCGGUGCCCGACAGCCGCGAGAAGUGUACGACUGGGAGUCCUGACGCCCGCGGGUCAUCGCCGUCAGAGUCUGCGUCGGGUCAAGGGCACGGCAGUCGGGUCGAGGGUCAUGUUGCAGUGAACGUGGAGACGGGACACAAGGACGGAGCUGGCGGUGUGGACCAGAACAGGAGUCAUCAUCAGCAGCAGCAGCAGCGGCCAGUGCUGCCCCCGCUGCGCGUGUCGACGCAAACGGUUCUUGCUGAAGACCGCGACUAUGUCGACGCGACGCUGUUUUCGCCUGAAGUAUCACGACAUGCAAUGGAAGUGGCUCAUCGUCGGGCAAAAGCCAUUGCGAACGAGGUGAAGGAACUGAUGGAGGUCGAAGUGCAAGUUAGUAGCCCGCCCAAGGUCAAGCUGUCGCCGGCAGAAGCCGUGGGCAUCAUCAGUGGGGCGUUUGUCAGCUCUUUGCAGCGGGCCAAGCAGCUCGUGAAGCCAGAAACGAAGGAAUACGAUCUCUUGUCCGGGACGUCCCCGUUGGCGACCAUGUCAAAGCUCGACGAUCUUGACACGGAUGGCGACGGACUUCAGCUCUCGCCGGAAGCUUUGCAGAGCAAUGGUAAGCACUUUUGUUCCCAGAAGUUGCGACCGGCGUUGAAGCGUCUGUCCGCUUACUCGACAGUUGCAGCGCUGGAGCCGGACAAGAGAGCUUUGGGUGCUCAGUCCCAGAAACAGAAGCAGAUGAAGAAGAAGAUUGUAUGGCACGAAGACGUGCUGGACGCGGACGAAGAGUUUUGUGAAGACGACAGUAGUAAACAGGAAACGCGCUCGUUGAUGAAUGGCGAUGACGAUGCUGUCAGCGCUGGCAGUGGCAGUCCGCCGCCUCAGCUGGUGAACACUAGUAAUACAACUAGCGAGCACGCCACGCCGCAGGGCAGGAAGAAGCGCAAGAAGCUGGUGCGAUCCAUGAUGCGACGGCUGACGCCACGGGAAAAGGAGGAACUGUAUCGCGAGCGACCAGACCUGAUGAUUGUGCCGAAUUGGGCGCAGAAGUACCGCGAGGAUCUCGCUGGCGAAGACACUAGUCGCUGGAACACUGGGCUGCUUGGUCUCAUCGCUGGGCUAACUGUGCUACUGCUGGUGUUUGUUUUCUUCAUUGUGCGGCAGCGCGCUGCUGCCACUGCGGCGUAA